UCUCCGGAAAUCCCUUUCUUUCUUCUCUCUCUCCCCCUCUUCCUAAAAAAAAGUAACUAUCAAGAUGGCUACUUUGUUGGCGGCUGCAGGUCGCAGAGCUGCUACUCUAGCAAGAACAUCGGCUCCGUCUCAAGCUGCCUUUCUCAUUCCUCGCCGUGGUCUUGCUGGCGCUGCUGAUCACCAUGGACCCCCGAAGGUUAAUUGUUGGCAAGACCCACUGAACCCAUCGAAAUGGAAAGAAGAACACUUCGUUAUCGUCUCGAUAUCUGGUUGGGGUCUGCUUUUCUUCAGUGGAUACAAGUUCUUCACUAAAGGCAAAGGCAAGAAGGAAGAGAACAUGGUGGAAACGGCACAUUAAAGAGGUUGAAGCUUGUACUUUUUGACAAUAAUGCAUGAAUAAUGUAUGGCUGGAACUUUCAUGUCCUUGGGUAUAACUUUUCUUUGCUGUUUUCUUUUUCUGUUGGAGAAUGGUUACCGAGUAAAUUCAGAGUUCAGAUUCUUAUCAGUGAACAUACAGCCUGUUUCAUUGGCUUGUCCUGUUGGUAAUGGGAUGUAACAGUUUUUAAGACCCAAAUUCUGUCGAUGAAUUGGAACAGUUAAUGAACUAUGCAUUUGUGCAUGUUAUCUUGAUUUUAA